CCCAGUAACUGUGUGGAAAUGACCGAUGAUCUUCUGGCUCUCAGUGAUUGUGAAGAGGAGUUACCGGAGCCGAUGCCUCCCGGCCCAGGCCGCUGGAGUCAGGAUCUGCUCAGUGGACCAGACAGUGUUUCGGUCCCAACAAAGACCUCUGACAUUUUGGAUCUGCUGUCCGAUGACGUCAUUCCCAUCAACACCGGAUCAAACAGCCUCAGCACCCAGCACGAGGAGGAGAAGCAGACAGAUGAGACAGCCGAAGACACACGGAGCACAGAGGACAGUAUUGACUCCUGGAGUUCACACGUGACAACCAGCACCGUCGCUGAAUCCAGCUCGGCUGAUCCGUUUGAUCCAUAUCCGAUAGGGACCACAUCCCCUAACAGCUCAUCUGACCUGCUCCAGCCUCUCCCGACCCCUUCCAUCAACAGCUCCACAGAGCUCCUGUCAAAGACCCAUCUUGCAGAGGAAGAGCCAAGUCCAGACACCAGCUUGAGUCAUGAUGCGUUGGAAGCACUUGCAGAGGACGUCAUCCCCAUCAAGACCGACGCCACGAGCCUCAGUACUAACAGACGAGCUUGGACACACACGUGGGAUACCGGCAAACCCGAAUACACCACUGCAGAAGAGAGGCAGGAGGAUGAACCUGCAGGCUGGGCUGAGGAUCAGCACACACCGGUCAUGUUUGAAAGAAAGUCUGCAGGGAGUGAUUCCCCAUGGGACAGAUGGACAUCGCCCACAGUUUACACCACCGCCACCACUACAGAAGAAGAAGGGGAAAGUUAUGAUGGAGUUGUUCCCAAGACCUCUGACAGAGAGGAUGACCAGCGCGCCGAAAUGCCAGAACUCGAGUCCAAAAAGGGGUUUGUGUGUGUAAAGGAGUAUGUCAAUGCAUCAGAGCUGUCCUUGCAUAAUGCCAGUGACGACAGCAGAGGUGGAUCUGAUUAUUCGACAUCAAGCGCCUCCAGUUAUACCUGCAGCAGCCCCUCCACUUACUCCAGGGGUUCAAUGUCCUCCACCUGCACAUACUGUGGAGAGCCAGUGGGCAAUGAGGGCAAGAUCACAAUCGAGCACCUCAAUAUCAACUGCCAUCCUUCCUGCUUCAAGUGUGGGGUUUGUGGCAAGCCCAUGGGAGACCUUCUCUGCAGCAUGUUCCUGCAUGGUGGGACAGUCCACUGCGAGAGCUGCUAUUCCAAAACCUUUGACUGAAUAUAAGUGCUCUUCUAUGGCCUCUUAACCC